AUGUCUGAGAAAUCGAAUAGCGACGGAGAUAGAGAUAGUUCAUCUGCGAAUUCACCAUCCCACCGUCCAAAACUAUUCAAACGACUUAAUUCAUUUAAACCACAUCGAUCUGCUACACAUCCAGAAAUAAAACAAUGUGAUACUCUAUGUCCUGAAGUUCUUCAACAUCGAGAUAGUAUCUUGGAAAUACGUACAACUGAAGAAUCUGUUAAACCUCACGUUAAUAAUAAUAAUGGACAAUCACCUCUAAUAACAAUUAAUGUUGGUGGAAGUCGUUUUCAAACAUAUAUUUCUACUUUAGAAUUAUAUCCUGAUACAUUAUUAGGUAAUGAAAAUAAACGAAAACAAUAUUGGAAUAAUGAAAUACAAGAAUAUUUUUUUGAUCGUCAUCGUGCUUGUUUUGAAUCUAUACUUUAUUAUUAUCAAUCAAAUGGUCGUCUUCGUCGACCAGAUUUUGUUCCAAUUGAUACAUUUCUUGAAGAAAUAGAAUUUUUUCUAUUAGGUGAAGACGCAACUGCACAAGUUCAUGAAAUAGAAAAUAUUAAAAUAAUUCAACAAGUUCAACUACCACGAAUGUUAUGGCGUCGAUAUAUUUGGUUCUAUUCAGAAUUUCCUCAAUAUUCAACUUUAGGUCGUGUCAUUAAUAUUAUAUCAAUGAUUCUCACCGUAUUAUUUUGUUUAGCAUUAACUAUUGAAACACUUCCAACUUAUAAUAAUCGUUGGAAUAAUAUUUGUAAAGAAGAAUUUAAUAAAUCUUUAAAUGCAACUUCAUUUCCAUCAUGUUCAGCACUUUUUACAUCACCAUUUUUUAUUAUUCAAACUAUAUGUGCUGCCUUUUUUACAGUAGAAUUUCUAUUAAGAUUUAUAAGUACUCCAUCAUAUGUAAGUUUUAUUAUGGAAUUUUUUAAUUGGGUUGAUUUAUGUGCAAUUAUACCUUAUUUUGUUCUGACUGGUAUUGAAUUAAGCAGUAAAAAUAUAACUACAAAUGCAGAUGUUAUUGUUGGUCUUCGUUUUUUUCGAAUUUUAUUUUUCCUACGAAUUUUUAAAAUUUAUUUAAUUUUUCAAAGAUUAAAAACAUUAAGAAAUUUAAGUUCAACAAUAAAAGAAUCAUUAUUAGAUUUUGCUGUUAUGAUUGUUAUUCUUACAUUAAUUUCAUUUUUAUUUGGUGCAGCAGUUUAUUUUGCUGAAGUACAAAGUAAUGGUGAUGUUUUCGAUUCAAUUCCUAAAGCAGUUUAUUGGGGUGUUAUAACGAUUACAGGAGUUGGAUAUGGAGAAAUGUAUCCGAUAACAGUAGCUGGCCGUAUUAUAGCUUGUUUAUGUGCACUUGUUGGGGCCGGCAUGAUGGGUAUGCUUGUUUCAGUUCUUGUUAAUAGAUAUCAACGAGUACAUAAAAGAAAAAUGUACAUACCUGAUAAACAUAUAACACCGGUAGAAUUAGAACGAUUAUUCAAUCAAGAUCAUUCGAAAUUAAAUGUUACUUCAGAAUUAUCAAGUCAAGAAGAAAAACAAAAUAAUCACAAUUCACGUCAGUUAUCUUCACAAUCGUAUAAUGUUCAUUUUAUUGUUUCAUUUGAUGGUGAUGAUGAUGAUGAUGAUGGAAUAGAUAAUAUUGUCACAUCAGUUAAAGAAAAAAUAUCUGUAGCAAUAGCAGAUAUUGAUCGGUGGACAAAACUUAAGAUUGUUUAUUAUUUAGCUCUUUCUUAUAAUCGUCCAAAAUUCUGUCACAAUGCGUCAUGGAAUCUGAAUGCUACAACUUUCGCAAAUAGCAGUACAGUAGGUAUGAAACCUUACGAUAUUUUUAUUAAUACAAACAACACAGUCUAUGUACCCAAUCGAGAUAAUGGUCAUAUUAUCAUCUGGUCUGAAGGAAGUAUUAAACCAACAAAAAAUAUUUCGAGUAAUUUAUCAAAUCCAUGGAGUCUUUUUGUUACAAUAACAGAUGAUAUUUAUGUCGAUAGUGAUAAUUCAACAGGUCGAGUUGAUAAAUGGACAUUGAAUUCAUCAAUUGGUGUUUCGACAAUGUACACAUGUCAAAAAUGUGCGGAUCUUUUCGUGGAUAUUGAUAACAAUCUUUACUGUUCAAUGUAUAAUCUUCAUCAAAUUAUGAAAAAAUCUUUGAACACCGUUUCGAAUGCAUUAUCGAUUGUUGCUGGUACAGGUAGUGUUGGGAGCACCUCGAAUAUGCUUAAUUCUCCUUGGGGAAUCUAUGUUGAUGUCAAUUUUGAUCUUUAUGUGGCAGAUUAUAACAAUAACCGAAUACAACUCUUUCGAUUAGGACAAUUAAGUGGAAAAACUGUUGCAGGUAACUUAUCUUUAAAUGCGACAAUUACACUGAAUCGCCCAACUGGAGUGGUUCUUGAUGCUGAUAGUUAUCUCUUUAUUGUGGAUAGUUUUAAUCACCGUAUUGUUGGUGAAGGACCAAAUGGUUUUCGAUGUUUAGCUGGAUGCUCUACUUCUGCGGGUUCAGCAUCUAGUAAAUUAUAUUACCCGUAUACUCUUAAUUUUGACAGUUAUGGAAAUAUGUUUGUCACAGAUACUUAUAAUAAUCGAAUUCAAAAGUUUGUUUUAUUCACAAAUUCAUGUGAUGAAAUUUCAACAUCAACUAUAAAUCCUGUGAAUAUAUCAUCAAUUUUAACUACUCAGUCAAAUAAUGUUACAAUAUCGUCUUUAAAUAGAGUUGUUUCAUACAAUCAACCUAAAUUCAAUGCAUGUGUUUCAUGGAGUGCUAAUGCAAGCACUUUCGCUAAUGGUACUGCAGUUGGUGCAUCCCCGUAUGGCAUUUAUGUUAAUACAAACAACACAAUUUUUGUAGCUGAUUUUCGAAAUAGUCGAAUUCAGAUAUGGUUUAAUAAUAGUAUUAAUCCAACACGAACAAUUUCGGGAAAUUUAAUAUACCCAUUUUCUCUGUUCGUGACAAGUGAUGGUGGUAUUUAUAUUGAUAAUGGAUUUUCGAAUGGUCGAAUUGAUAAAUGGACAUUAAAUGCAAAUAUUAGUAUUCCUGCAAUGUAUGUUACUGCAGCAUGUUAUGGUCUCUUUAUUGAUGUUAAUAAUAUUCUCUACUGUUCAAUGUCUAGUCGUCAUCAAGUUGUUACAAAAUCAUUGGAUAAUAAUUCGAAUACAACCACAAUUAUUGCUGGUACAGGAUGUAUUGGAUCCACCUCAAAUAUGCUUAAUUCUCCUUGGGGAAUCUAUGUUGAUAUCAAUUUUGAUCUUUAUGUGGCAGAUUCUUACAAUAAUCGAAUUCAACUCUUUCGAUUAGGACAAUUAAAUGGAAUAACUGUUGCAGGUAGUGGAUCUUUAAAUGCAACAAUUACACUCAAUAAUCCAACUGGAGUGGUUCUUGAUGCUGAUAAUUAUCUCUUUAUUGUGGAUAGUUUAAAUAAUCGUAUUGUUGGCGAAGGACCAAAUGGUUUUCGAUGUUUAGUUGGAUGUUCUACUUCAUUUGGUUCAGCAUCUAAUCAAUUAAAUGGUCCAUCUGCACUUAGUUUUGAUAGUUAUGGAAAUAUGUUUGUCGCAGAUACUCUGAAUAGUCGAAUUCAAAAGUUUGUUUUAUUCACAAAUUCAUGUGAACAAUCUACAACAUCGCAACAAGUACCAAUAACCACACUUGUGAAUGCAAUUGAAAAUUCAACUAAUGCUUUAUCGACAUUCGUUACAACCAUCAACGUUUUUACAACAUCACUCGAAAAAGUUCAACCGUCAGUAUCGAUUUUUAUUGCUGUACAAUGUAAUGAUACUACAUAUAUUGGUUCUAAUUGUAAUAUUUCCAAUAAUAUAUGUGACAUAGCUAAUCCAUGUCAAAAUAAUGGUACUUGUAUCAAUAAUACGUUUGAUAGUUACAUUUGUUUAUGUCCAUCUGGUUUCAAUGGUACUUAUUGUGAACUUGAUCAACGACCUUGUAUAUUACAUACUUGUUUAUAUGAUGGUCAAUGCAACGAAACAUCGAAUAACACAUUUAAAUGUACAUGCGCUAACGGUUGGGAUGGUAUUAACUGUGAAUCAAUGGUAAAUUUGUGUGACAGUAGUCCAUGUAUGAAUAAUGCUGUUUGCCAACCAACAGUACUUAAUUAUACAUGUAAAUGUCUUGGUGAUAACUUUUAUUCUGGUCGCCAUUGUGAAAUACAAUCGAAGAAAAUAAUUAUUUAUGGAACUAUUUCAAAGUCUUCUUCAUAUAUUGCAAUUCUUGCCAUGACAAUUAUUAUUAUAUCUGUUGUAACAAUGGAUAUAUUGAAAUAUUGUUUCGAUAUAGAUCCAGUCCAUAAGGAACGAGAACGAAUACGACGAGCAAAACGAAUCAAAAAUCGAAAACGUCGUGUUAUUCAGCGAUGUGUCUAUGUUAAUGUAUAA